AUGAAUGAUUCUAUAAUUAAUAAAACUUUCGAUCUUGGUAUCGCCCUUUACUAUUACACCAGUCUGGCAUUAAUUCCGGUAUUUGCCUUCGCAUUUAUAAUUAACAUCUUCUUACUUUACGUUUUAUUACAAGGUAGCGCUUUUCAAUGUAUUCCCUAUAAGUUAAUCCGUAUUUCAGUUAUAUCUGAUGCUUUAUCUAGUUUAACUGCUGCUAUUGGUUAUUCUCUCAUUACACAAAAUUUUCCCUAUCAAUCGGGUAAAUUACUCUGCCAAUUCAUCAUGUAUUUAGUCUUUACAUUUAAUGGUAUCUCCAUGAAUAAUUUAUUUUUAAUCGCUAUUGAUCGCUACUACGCCAUUGUCAAGCCAUUCUCGGGAUAUCAUCAACGCCAUCGUCGGCGAGCAUUUUUUAUUGGACAAAUUAUAUCAUGGAGUUUAUCUAUUGCCUUUAAUAUUAUCCUUGCUCCUUAUAUUGGGGUAACUCACGCUGAUACGACUCUUUGCGAUAUACCUGAUAUUAAAGAUCAUCUAUUUAUUCCCAUAACUAUUAUCUUAUUCUGCAUCCUGCAAUAUGUUAUACCAUGCACAACUAUAACAGUUAUUUAUUGGCGAAUUGUCCACCAUCAGAAGCAUUACGUUAGGCCUGGAGAAAAUUCAUUUUCACAGCGAGAUCAUGAAGCUAAAAAGAAAAAAUUUAAUAAGAUACUUAUGACCAUUACAUUAUGUUAUAUUUUAACGACUUGGCCUUAUUAUGCUGGUGUCUUUGGAAUGGCAAUAACUCGUCAAUCGGUUAUCACAAUUCGUAACAAGGAUCCAAUAAUAUUUAUCUUCUUAUUUUGUUCGCUUGGAACCAGCAUUUGUAUUACAGUAAUUAAUCCGUUUAUUUACCUUCAAUUCGAUGCCAAUAUAAGAGCUAAAUUCGUAGAAAUUUUACUCAGAAGAAAGAAGGAGAGAAAAGCAUUAUCAGUAUCGAGCAAGACAAAACCAAUAGAGUUAUCACAAGCUACACGGAAAAAACAUAAAAUUGCACUUACUAAGCAGCGUGAAAUUAAAUUACCGCGUAGAAAAGUAACAAUAGCUAAACUAGAUCGCAAUAAACUAAUGGUACCACCUAGGUCAUCUCAUAUUGGCCGGUCUCUAGAACCAAAUAAUUUCAAAUUGAUUCCUCAUUCAUCGACAAUAAAACAGGCUGCUAUCCAAAAGCCUAAUGAAGUGCUGACAAUACCUGGAUUGAUACCCGAUGUUGAAAUAAUAUACUAA